CACUCUGUCCCGCACAUGCGCAGUGAGUGCGGAGCAGCGGCUAGUGAAGGAAUGAUGGCGUCUUCGGCUGUCCGAGGCUCCUCACGCUGGAUAACAGUUAUCUUGUCCUCUGGACCUCAUGGGGCCACCGGUGCCGGUGUCUGCGCUGGCCAUGGAGGCGUCCGUAGUAUCUCUUCCCUGGGAGCAGGAAAACUGUGUCGGGGAGGUAACCUAAUGUGUGGAGGAGCAUGGAAAGCGUUGACAUUGAAAGGGGUGUCAGGUAACAACUCCCCCUUUGCUGCGUCCACACUGUCCUUUCACACAAGUUCUCCUGCUAGCAGCAAGCAGGACUUCUACCAGACCCUCGGUGUACCUCGCACAGCCACCCAGAAAGAGAUCAAGAAAGCAUACUACCAGAUGGCCAAAAAGUAUCACCCUGACACCAACAAAGAAGACCCAGAAGCCAAGGAGAAGUUUGCUAAGCUGGCUGAAGCUUACGAGAUCCUGAGUGAUGAAGGGAAGAGGAAACAGUACGAUACGUACGGCUCUACGGGCUUUGAUGCUGGUCAGGCCGGUGCAGGAGGGCAGCACUACUGGUCGGGACAGGAAAGCAACGUGGACCCCGAGGAGCUCUUCCGCAAGAUCUUUGGGGAAUUCUCAGGAGGCCGAGGCUUUGGAGACUUCAACGCCAUAUUUGAACAGCCACAGGAGUACUUUAUGGAGCUGACGUUCACUCAGGCGGCAAAGGGAGUGAACAAAGAGUUUUCUGUUAACAUAGAAGCAGCCUGCCAGCGCUGUGACGGUAAGGGCCACGAGCCAGGCACCAAAGUCCAGCACUGCAACCACUGCAACGGCUCCGGCAUGGAGACCGUGAACACAGGUCCGUUCGUGAUGCGCUCCACAUGUCGUCGUUGUGGAGGCAAAGGCACGGUCAUCUCCACCCCGUGUAAUACCUGUCGUGGGGUGGGACAGACCAAGCAGAAGAAGACUGUGACGGUUCCUGUGCCUGCAGGAGUGGAGGAUGGUCAGACAGUCAGAAUGCCAGUUGGUAAGAAGGAGAUCUUCAUCACAUUUAGAGUCCAGAAAAGUCCAGUGUUCAGGAGGGACGGUGCAGACGUCCACUCGGACCUUCUUAUCUCCGUGGCUCAAGCUAUCCUGGGCGGCACAGCCAGGGCACAGGGCCUUUAUGAAACACUAAACUUAUCAAUCCCUGCGGGCAUCCAGGCAGACCAGAGGAUUCGUCAUUCAGGGAAGGGGAUCGCUCGAAUCGGUGGUUAUGGCUACGGAGACCAUUAUGUCCAUGUCAAAAUAAAAGUACCCAAGACGCUGACUGACCGACAAAGAACUCUGCUAACAAGCUACGCUGAAGACGAGACGGAAGUAGAAGGGACGGUGAAUGGAGUCACUAACACCACCACAGGUGGGGGCAGCAGUGAUAAGCGGUCUGAGACAGGGCAAAGCGGGCGUAACGAGAAGGAAGGAGAGUUGAAAGAAGAGGGGGGCUUCUUCUCCACAUUAAAGAAAUUGUUUAGUGCCUCCUGACAGCCACAAACCAGGAAAAAGGUCAUCCUAUAACUGAGAAGCUUCAUCAGUCCAUCAAAGGACAGAAGAGCGGACUUCAUAAAGCCAACACAGCUCAUAUUAAAGGAACGGGUGUUUGAGGACUAGUGGGUGUUGGAUAAGUCCUGAAAAGGUUUUGGACAGAUCAGUAAAAACCUACAUACCCAGACCCUGCAAAAGACGGAGCAUCACCUGCUGAAUCCACAUACAAGAGGAGGUUCCAAUGUGCCAUUUAUCCAUUAGGACAAGUGUCCGUCGUGGUCAUUUGGGCGGCAAAGACUUCUUUAAAAUAGCCUUGUUGGUUUUCUGUUGAUCCACAUUAAAAGACAUUAUAGUGAUAACAGAAUUCAGGUGCACAUAAAUUAAGUGGUGUAUUGACAAAGAUUUAAUCAAAAGUUUUCAUUUGGAAUUAAAUCGACCCCGUUAUUUGUUCGUUAUGCCUUGGUUAUUGUUUCAUUAAUGCUCCAAUUCCCUCCACAAUUCACAACACUAUGCUAGCAAGUUGAACGUCAGUCAUGUUCUCAUGGUUUACCUAUAAGUUGAAGUGUUUGAGAAAAGGUGUGUCUGCAAUGGAAGUAGAAGUUUGGCUCCUGAACUAUGAAAACCAAACUGUCCCACCUUUAACCCUUUGAAUUAUGUCAUUUGUACAUAUAGUUGUGUAACCUACAAUGUGUCGCAUACAAGAGAAAUGCUGUACAUUAUAAUAAAGCUAUGGUCUGGGAAAA